CCUCAUUUCGUUUGCCGGCGCUGUACCGACAAUAUCCAGACCUUUCCCAGUUGAAUAAUCCAGAGUCCAGUCGGGUGAGAUCGAAAAUCGGGAACGAAUUUUUGUUGUUUUGGUUUUUUCGUAAACUGUUAUAAUAGUUGAUUAGAAUUGAUCAUAUUGAUUUUAAUGAGCCGAUAGUUCCGAGACAAAAUGGUUUAUCUACCAUUGAUUCUCGGUUUUUCGCUGGUCGCUUUCGGAUACUCGCAAGACUUGGAAUUGCAAACGUCUCUGACCGUCGAAUAUAGAGACACAACAGAAUCAACAAGAAUCACAACUCCCAUCACGGAGUCGAUAAUUCCGUCGGAUAAAACCACCGAAAAAUACAUAGAAAGUAGUAUUAAGAAUGCCUUGAGGUUCCUUAUAUCGCAACGGGAAACCGAUUGGGGAUGGAGAAACGACACCCCGAAAGUUUUAACGGCAUUAAAACUUUUGAACGCUUACGAAGACGUUCUGGACGGGUUGUUGCCAAGUGCCUUUGAAAUGCAACUUUCGAGUAAACAAAUGGAAAUUGAAGUUGUUAUUAUGCUGUGGAGACAUCACGAACUUCCUAUAACGCCCUCGCAACUAGCUCAAUAUUGCUUGGCAUUGAGCGCUCUAUGUUACGAUCCUAGGCAGUUCCAUGGGCACGAUUUGAUUGGUACUUUGCAGCAUCACGAAGCACCUCAUGAUUUAGAUUUCGCCUAUUCAACUCUAGCCGCUUGUACAGCAAGAGCUCACGUCCGGAAGAAGCAAAUCCGAAGACUUCUAGACAUCGCCAACACGGCCAAGGACCAUAAUAUUGAUACAGUUGCCAUGACAAUUUUGGCCUUAAGGUGUGUAGUCAUGGACCAUCGUCACAGGAACCUUCAGCACUCUUUGAGAAGACCCAGCAUUAGCUUGGCUCGGCAACAACAACCUGACGGUGGGUUCGGAAAUUUGUAUAAUACGGCUCUAGUGUUGCAAGCUCUGGAUGACUUAAACGAACUAAAAUCCUACUGGAACAAAACAGCAGCCAGAGCCUAUUUGGAAUCCCGACAAGAUCCAGAUGGAGCUUACACUGAUGCAGGACUUACUUCAGAUGUGCUUUUGGCCAUUGUUGAUAAAGGUUUGGGUAUGGUUAGGCUGAUGGAAUGUGGUAGGCAUGAGAAUGAUUAUGAAAAUAAUGUCGAAAUAGAAGGUCUAACUAAAUCACUAUCCUCCCAUGGAAACGACAGUGAAAUAAGAAACGUCACUAUAACCUACACCCUCUGGAUAGGUUCGAACAUGACUGAAAAUUGCACCAUAUCGAUAACCGCUCCAAGAAACACGUCAUUCUAUUCGGUCAUGCAAAUGGCAAUGGAAAUGGACUCGCACUUUGCUUUUGAAGCUUCCGAAUGGCCCAACGGUCACUACGUGCACACUUUAGCCGGUUACAAAGAAGAACCGAUGGGUUAUAACUACUGGUUGUUGUAUCGAUUACCGGAAUUACCCGAUCCGUCUGCUCCUCCGGCCAAUCAGCUUGUAGCUCCGGUUGGUGUGGACGAUUUGCUAAUCGAAGAAGGAGACCACUAUUUGUUCUGGUAUAAGAAAUUGUAAAAUCAUCUUUUUCUGUUGUAAGUUCAAAGCACAAAAUUAGCAAAACCUUAUCUUUCCAUUAUCACAAUGUAUGAAGACAGCGUUGCCAAAAGAGUGUAAGAUUUUUUAUUAAAAAAGAAAAUUCUAUGGUUAUUUCAUGCCUUUUAAAAACUAAUUAAUUUUAGCUAUUCAGCGUAGGCAUACCUACUUACCUAAAUGUAGUUAUUGUUUAUUUAUUCUCCCAUAAACUUGUUUAAGGUCUUUUUGUUUUUUUUUUUUUUAAGCAAAGUUGCUUCUUCCACUUAAAAUAUAGGAGCUAAUGGUUUACCACAAAUCCAGAGUGUCCCAAUAUAAAGUGACCUAUUUUAAAUGAAUAUACAAGUUAUAAGCAUUUAAAAUAGGUCACUUUCUAUUGAGAUACCCUGUAUAUUAACCACUGUGAAGCAGGCUUUAAAUUUAUAUUACUGAAAUUUAAAUGUAAACUAGUCUAAGAAUGUAAUGGCUGUUAUACCUAAUAUUUAACCAUUCGCUUGGAUUUAAAUUCGCCGAUAUGUCGGGAAACUUGAAUAUUUUCCGCAAUUGUCACGUAUCUUGUUGAAAUUUGAAUUACCUAUACGAAUUUCAUUUAAGUUAAACACCACUUUCUUUGGAAAGAUAAUUUCAAAAUCAUGCAUACAUUUUCUUGGCCAUAUCUUGACAAUAGCGAAUACAAAAUAAAAAUGAGUUGAUUUUCAGAAAAUCCUACUAUAAAAAGUGUAUAAAAUUUAAAUUACCUAUGUGUUUUGGACGGACAAUACUCCUUUCCUAAUAUUGGUAUUUUCUUCGGUCAUAUCUAAUCUAGAUGUCUAGCUUUAAAAUACCUAAAUAAAAGAAAAACAAUUGUUAAGCAUUUGGGCAAAAUUUAGUAAUUAUUUUUUCUAUAAUAAUUAUUAUUAGUAUAUUUACAUGUAUUUCAGCUUCUCGUAUGAUGUAUAUUGUAAAAUGCAGUUAUUGAAUAAAAAUAUUAUUUGAGUUCUUUA